UUCUAACUUCCUUGUUUGAUUUCAAUAUUUUCUCAUCUUCAGAAACACUCUCAAUUCCCUCUUCAAAGCAAUAAUGAUCAGUACAAAGAAGCUUAUCAAGAUGGCCAGAAAGUGGCAAAAGAUAGCAGCCGCCAGCAGAAAGAGGAUCUCUUGGCCAAGACCAGUGGCUAAUGAAGGUCACUUUGUUGUCUACACAACUGAUGGAAGACGGUUUAUGAUUCCUUUGGCAUAUCUCAAGAGUGAGAUUUUCAUAGAGCUCUUCAGAAUAGCCGAGGAAGAAUUUGGAAUAACAAGUUCAGGGCCAAUUACGCUGCCUUAUGAUUCGAAAUUCAUGGAGUACGUGAUCUCUAUGAUACAAAGACAUGUAAAUGAGGACUUGGAGAAGGCAUUGAUCAUGUCCUUGGCUAGCUGCAGAUACUCAUCAUUGUCACAUGAACAUCAAGAACGAACAAAUCCACAAUUGUUUAUCUGUAGUUUCUAGAAAAAUAGAUUGUUUGUACAAAGCAUAUAGUACAUUUUUGCCUAGAAAAUUAAUGAGAACUGAUAAAAAAAAAAAUUCAAAUUAAACACUUCUUCCAUUGUAGCAAUUUGCUGUUCACCUUUCCUUCUUUGUGGCACUUUAAUUGCAAAUGAUAACAGAGGAAUACCCAACAAUUUUAGGGACUACUCUCAUAUUCUCACCAUCUCUACAUAAUAAUCCAAA